CGAGCAGCUGCUGUUGACCGGAGCUGGCAGCGGACAGAAGAGAAGUCGGCUCUGCCCUGGCAUGCCUAACACAGAGGGGAAAAGAACAAAAAAUGGCUCAUUUCUCUCGGUUUCCAUCCAAUAAGCCUUAAACCAUUUGACAUUAUUCCUCAUGCGAAGCAGGACUUUCCAGACGCACUGACGGUCGAGGUAAGGAGAAAUAAAUGUCAAAACUGAGGAAGUAAAAAAGGAGAAACAGAAUCAUGGAACACCUUGGGAAGUCUCCUAUAAACUGGACUGAGUCUGACGUAAGCGCCUGGCUAAGCUCUAUUGGAGUGAAGGAGCAGUACAUAAAGAAGCUCCAUGAAGAGGAAGUAAAUGGACAAACCCUGCUAACUCUUACAGAGGACUUUUUAAAAACAGCGAUUUGCAUGAAAUCGGGACCUGCUCAUUUGAUUAUUCAAAAAAGAGAUGCACUGCUUAACUCUCAGAGGAACAAACAGCCCACUAGUGGCAAAAGCUCUGAGGUGGAGCAAAAGAAAUCAGUUGAACGUCCACAUACACAGGAACAUUCUGAAGUUCCUCUGAGAGACAAGGACAAUUCUACAGAGAGACAAACUGGUCCUAAAGAAUGCGUGUUGCCUUCGAAGGAGGACUGCAAACCAAGACCGUUUGAUGAUGAAGGGCAUGACUUUCUCUACGUAAAGCACAGAGUGCUCCAACCUGAAUCCGGGGCUUUCAAUUUGAUAUCUCCUUGCCAUGAAUACAAGUCUUUUGCUGUAGCUGCUACACUGGACCGCACAAGACUCCAAGCAAAGUUUGCCAGGGAGGUGUUUAAAUUCGCAACCGGCUGCAUGAACAUCAGAUCAAACGGCACAAUACACUUUGGUGUGAUGGACAGCAAGGAGAAUGAAGGAUACGUGCAUGGUGAGAUAAUUGGGAUCCCCGUGAAAGAAAGGGACAUUUAUGUAGAUGCUUUGGACCUCAGUGAAAAAAGCUUCCGCUCUGACAAGGAGCAGGUACUCCAGUGUGUGCGGCCGCCAAGGUUCAUUGAAGUUAUGGAUCGUGAAAGUACAGAAAAGAGGUAUGUGGUGGAGGUGGACAUUGUGCCUUUAUUAAGUAUUGUGAAGAAUAAGGUGUAUGCAGUGCGGCUGCCAAAUUUCAAAGAGGCGACUAACAAACUGGAGUUUGAGAAGGAAGUGAUUCUACGAAGAGUUGGCUCAAAGACUGAACCGGUGACUGACAAAGACUUGGGUGAUUUUUACCAUAGAGUCAAAGAUCGUGAUGCUCAAAGAGACGAAGCAGAGAAGCAACAGUUUCUUUUUGCUCCAGAGAUCUGCCAGGAUCUUGGACGGAAGCUCACAAUGCUCCUGACCAGUGGAAAGAAAUUUAUCGCAAAGGACAAAUGGUUCAUACUAGUGACAAACAAGUUCAAAUCUGUCGACCUCAGUAAUAUCGACUGGCUGCUCAACAUGAAUAUAUUCUGCGUGUUUGACUUUGACCCAGAUUCAAAGGUAUCAGGUCUGUGCUCCAGGUACCUUGAGCACCAUGCUGCAAACAUGCAUUUCCUGCAGAGCUACAGGAUGCCUGAUGGUAUGAGCAUUAAGGAGUUCACAAACCACCUGCAUCUGUUCGAGCAGACCAGCUGGAUCUUUUGCAAUGGCCGCUCUGAUUUCAAAGGCAAUGAAACGGCAUGCGACGAAAUGACCUGGAUCAAGACGAAAAUGACUUUCCUGCGAGAGUCUGUGUCUCUGAUUUGCAAACAAAUCCUCCCAAAAGGGACAUUUCAAGUUAUCUUUCUGCUAACCUCUCCUGUAGAAAAGCCACUCCUGCAUACUUUUUAUGAGUUUUUCACAGACAUGGAAGGUCAUGAGGACAUAAUCUGCAUCUGUGAAUCUGAGGAAAACUACCUCAAGUGGCAAAGCUUUGCAGAGAGUUCCUGUCGAAAAGACGCCGUUAACAAUUCGAGCAUUGUUGGUAUGAAGAUGAGUCACAUUAAUGCCACCCUGCAGCACGUACAACCCGUCAAAGCACAUGUCAAGAAACACCUACCCGUUUUUGUGAAGGGGACAUGUUUUCUUGAAACACAGAUAGAGGAGCAAAUGUAUUCUCUGGAAAUCCUCACCGUCAACCAUUGUGAGGAAAGCACCAAAGAAUUCAUCAAAGAGGAGAAGGAAAACAUUGAACGGCAGUUUUACCGAGGUGGGCGUGUCACCUGGCUCAAUUUCUGGCUCGCUGAGCGCAAAUAUGUCAAUGAGGUAAUUGAAAGAGAUGCAUACGAUGAGACGUCCAAACUUCUCAAUAACGCUUUGAAAUGCAAUAUUGAUCAGACUCCGGUAAACUGUAUAAAUAUUUACCAUCACCCAGGAAGUGGUGGCAGCACUGUUGCUAGACAGGUGUUGUGGCACAACAGGAAGGAUCUGAGAUGUGCAGUUGUAAAGCCUUACCCAACCUCAGUUGUUGCUCAGCAUGCUGUAGAGCUAAGAGAAUAUGAAGAAAAAGAUCAUCAGAAGUGCCUCCCUGUGCUGCUCCUUCUCGAAGACACAGACAAGGAAUAUCUAGAUGAUCUGAGGAAUGAACUGGAAGUUGCCAUAAACAUCAAACGAAUCCAAUAUGGAACCCUAUGUUUCAUUUUGUUGAGCUGCAGACGUUCCCACAAUCCAGAGAGGCGAUGCAAAGAGUCUCCGCUACAGAACGUGUCUGUAACCCACAAACUGUCCGAUCAGGAGAAGAGAAAGUUUGCGGGAAAACUGGAAGCUCUCAAGGAACGCUAUGCGCCUGAGUUUAUUCUGACGUUUGUUUUGAUGAGUGAAGGAUUCUCCCAAGGCUACAUACAAGACUUUGUGAAACAUUUACUCCAAGAUAUUGACCAAAAAUCGGUCGUGACCCGCCUCAUUCAUUACGUGGCCUUGCUGAACACGUAUGUUCAGAACUCGUUUAUCUCUCAGUCUCAUUGUGAAGCUUUGCUCUCCUUGACCGUUCACUUGGAGAGAUUCCACCAGCAUGCGUUUGAGAGUUUACUUAGUGAUCAGGCUAAGCUGGUCUUCUUGCACCUCAGAGAUGACAAAACACAUAUUGAAUCAAUCAGAAUCAUCCACCCCCUUGUUGCAAAAGAAAUCCUGCAACAACUCCUGGGGGAUAAACAGACCCAAAGCAGGUUGGCAAUGGAUUUGCUAUGCGAGGAAGUGCUUUUUGAGCACCGAUUUGGAAGGGAAGAGUAUCAGACAUUUUUGAGACAGCUCUUCCUAAGGCGCUCCAGAAUAAGUAAAGGUGAUGAAUAUGAUAGUUUCUUCUCUCCUCUCAUUGAACAUGUGUGUGACAAUGAGAAAAACCCCAACGAAGCAAUUGAGUUGCUAAAGGAAGCAUUUGAGCGUUUCCAUCAAGAUCCAUUCUUUGCACAACAGCUUGCUCGUCUUCAUUACACCUUCGAGAGAUUUGAAGAGGCAAAGCACUGGGCGGAGACAGCAGCUAAGCAGCAGCCCAAUAACUCGUACAUACUAGACACAAAAGGGCAGGUGUACAGGAAAUGGUUCCAAGCAAAAUGCAAAGCAAUAGAAAAUGAGGGCAAACCAAAGACGGCCCAAAAUACAGUGGAUGCGGUGGAGACUGCUCUGAAAGCUCUUGAGUGCUUUCAAGAAUGUGAGAGGGCAGCCGAUGCAGAUAUGGAAGAUGUUAACAGCUCUGGGUUUUUCUCUGAGGUCGAGGUCGGAUGCAGCCUGCUCAAACUGAUUUCCUCCCUCCCAGUGUUUGCAAACCAAACCAACGGCCAUGCUGAAUUUAUGAAGUACCUGCUAACGGACUACAUUCCGGAGGAACUUGACCGUGUCUGGGAACCGUUUCAUAGCCGUUUGAAGAAACUUCACAAGACAAUGCAAGAUGCCCUGGAAUGGAUUUCAGAGGACCUCAGCUACUUCCAGACAGACAUUGGAGAUGAAGAUGAGACCCAUGAAAGAGCUGAAGAAAAAAUAAGCCAUCCACUCACAUGGUUGGCAAAGAAAUCUGCUGAGUAUGGGAAGUAUUUUAGUGAAGCAGAUUCUGCUGUGCUUCUGCAACAGUGCCAGACGAUCGAAAGUAAAUUUACUCCUUUCCAAAAACGCAUGAUAAUCUAUCAUCUCGGUGGAGGGAACAUAAUAUCCAUCCUUUCCAAACUAACUGACCAAAAGGAUGCAGCACGUCGUUUGGAGCGUAUCCUUACUCUCUACCCCAGCAACCCAUUGAAGGCCAAAUUUACUCAAAGGGAUAUCGUCAAUUACUUAGCAGCGCACAUUUCCCUGAACUGCCUGUCUCCUCAACCACAAAAGGCAGAUCCUCUGAAAGAGCUUCAGGCUCUUUGUCGCCAGUUUCCAUCGGAUAAAAAGAAAUGUUUGCCAAGUGCCCUGUUCUUACUUACCAUACUGUUCUGGCCUGAAGAUCAUGAUACAGAACAGGAGAGGGAAAGCAAAUUUGAAAUUGUGCACUCGGCCGUCGAGCACCUUGAAAAAGACUACUGGGCCAAGAUGAAAGACAUUCCCCAGCGGAAGAGAAGGAUCUACACCCAUUUUUUCCUGGGAAAUGGGAAUGGGCUGGAUAAAUUUGUUCACAAGAGAAAGUUUGAUAAAAUCACAAAGGGAUUCUCAGUCUCUGAGAAGCGCCUGAAGUGGUUGAGCGGCGAGGCAUGGAAAAGUCCUGAGAUUGACACCAUGCUAAAACGUGUAUCUGGGUGGACGGAGGAUAGGGUGGUGUACCUUGAGGGUCCCAAGAAAAGGAAGUUCAAUAUCCUGCCUCUCUUUGUGCCCUCAGUGCCUCAUGGUAAUGAAAAUAUCACCUUCUACCUGGGAUUUACCUUUAGAGGUCCUGUUGCAUGCAACAUUCUUGUCAAAAAAUAGUCUGACACACAUUAUUUUAGGAAAUACUAAUCCCGCAAAACAAGCUGAUGCACAAGUUACCAUGUCAUUAAUUGAGUAUUGCAUUGUUUUGUAACUGGUGAGAUUGGUUAAAUAUGCAAAUUUUGUUUUUUCUAUUUCUUUCUUUCUUUAAGAUGGACUGCAUUUCUUAAAAAAGUAGUUUUUGCUAUUUUGUCAAUUUAACGUACCAAAUGAAUGAAGCAAAUGUUUUUAAAAGGCCUAUAUGUAAUAUAUGUUUAUGUGUGUUAAAAACUUUCUUCUUAACUAAAAUUGUCAUUAUGAGUCCAUGAGUUUAUUAACUUCAGCACAGAUCAAUAAUUAUUUCACACUUGAACCAGUGUUUGUAGAAUAGACUGACUUAUCAAUCAUGAAGAUGUUAGGAAAACACAACCCCCUUUAUUGUAAUCCUAAACACAUGCAGUAAAGUGUGAAAACAUUUUUAAUAUUCUCAAUGAAAUUCUUAGUGGUUUUUAGUAAUGUUUAGAUGUGACUUAAGUAUUUUUUUUACCUUUACCAGUAUGCAGUACUAACUAAAAUGGUUGCUGAAAAAUGAGCUUUUGCAAUUUGUUGCAGUGCACAGAAACUCCGUAUCUAAGCUUUCACUGAGAACUGUGUUCUUUGAUGCCUCUUUAAAAUCUCCCUCCUGGAGCUUUUAGAUUUAGUCCCAGUUUCUAUCCUGCAAUCACUGCUCUUUGAUGUGUUUUGUCUUGUCUAAAUGCCUGUCAAUAUACUGUAUAUCAAUUCCUUUAAGAAUGAAUAAUCUUACUUGACUAUGGUAAUUUAAUAUUUUGUCCUAAUGUUCAAAUGUUUACUGUUGAUUGAUGUGUUCAACUUGUAUUAAAUUAAAUGAAACAUUUCUGAAA